AUGACUUCGAUGCCUUCAAGAUUCACCACUUCUAUGCCUACUGAUAUCGAGCAUUGGCUUGUCGCACAUCACCAGAAGAAAGUCUAUGUGCUUCGUGAAAGCCAGAAUAUGAAAGGGCUCCUCCCAGACUUCUUGAAGCCAAACUAUGACACGCAUUCAUUACUGCUUGCUCUCGAUGCUUCUCGUGUGAUCAAAGGUGACGACGAGAUUGAUCUCAUACGUAGAGCAAUCAAAGUGUCUUCACUAGCUCAUCGUACGGUCGUGCACCAUAUUACGUCCCUGGAAUCUGAGGCAGAAGUUCAUGCUCUUGACCUGGACGUUUGUAUAGCUCAUGGUGCAGAUUGGCAAGCAUAUCCGCCCAUCGUUGCCUCAGGAGCAAAUGCUUCCAUCCUGCACUAUACGGACAAUAAUGGAAGUCUCAAAGGCAAGGGUCUGUUAUGUCUCGAUGCAGGAUGUGAAUGGAAAUUUUAUUCGAGUGAUAUAACGUACGUAGGAUCCGAGUCUAGAUUUUGCCUCUUUGUUUUUGUCAAGUUGAUAUGUCAGCUUCAAGACGUAUUCCAGGCUUGA